UGCUGCUCUUCUUUACACCCACAGGCUAUGAGUCUCCACAUCGGAAUCCUUGACUCGGUACCUAGUCUAGGCGCCUUACAGACUAUCGGUUGCUGUCUUGUGACUAUGGAAACGAGCUUGCGCUCAAUUCCCUGCCGCCAUGCAAGCAACCGACCAUACCCGGAAAUCACUACAAGACCCAUCUGCCAGUGGGCCAAAGGCCGCGCCGGGUCCUGACACUUCGGCGGAAGUGCAGGGAGACUCCACGACGGCGGUUUCGGGCAGUGGAUCUACUCAGAAAGUGCCUAAGAAACGCACCAAGUCUGGAUGUCUAACUUGCCGGCAACGUCGCAUAAAAUGUGGCGAAGAGAAGCCCAUCUGUAACAAUUGUAUCAAGUCAAAGCGCGAUUGCAAGGGCUAUGGCCCUCGUCUAGUCUUCAAGGAUCCCUUGGGCAUUACUGGUACCUCCUCGCAACCGGCAGCCAUCAAUUCACAGACCUUCAAUGUGCCACCUCCCAGCGAGGAUAUCAAUAAUGCUGUGUCCCAGCAAAGGCAAGCCUGGUCUGGCCAACCGGUCCUCGCUCCAAGGCCCGUUGCAACCGCAACUUUGGAACAGUCUCCCCAGCCAGUCACAGCCGCGGCGCCUCAUGAGUUUCAGCUGCAGCCACAUACUCUGUCGCAGCAGGAAUAUCCAGUACUCCGUGAGCCGGCAGACACCUUGGCUUUCCUGGACCAACAACGGUCAGCUGGCUUAGAGCCGCGGUACCCGACUGAUACAGGCAUAAUAUAUCCGCAAGCAUCUUCUCGGGCACCCGGCGAGAGAUUUGCACCCCCAAACUCAUAUCAGGUACUAUCGAAUGUUGAAGAAGAACGUGAGGACGAUUAUUACGAUCUUGAUACAGACGAAGAGAGCCAUGAGCAGACCUUAGCACAAGAUUACAAUCAGCUCAGCCUUAUCAUGGCAUCCGCUAAUCGCGACCAGCAGCAGCUUCGAACUUUCACCACAUACUUGAACGAGCCUAACAUACUUACCUCUUAUUCCCCAACUUAUGGCUCCUCACCACUGAACAAUCCGAAAACGGCACGCAUUUUCUUGCAUUUCAUCCAUUCGACCGGGCCCACUCUAUCUGUUUUCGAGCGGCAUCCAAUUGAUCCUUCCACCAUGUUGGGGUCCCCGGUCCCAAUGGCACAACAGGGACUCUGGACCUAUACGCUUCCCCUUAAAGCCUUGGAAAAUCAACCGUUACUGCAGGCCAUCCUAGCUUUGAGCAGCCUACAUAUUUCUUACCUGCAACAGGCCCCGCCAACAGUUUCCCUGAAGCACUACCAUUAUGCUCUUAGAAGAGUCGGUGUCGCAGUUGGCCUACCCAUGCGGCGCAAGCAGAUCAGUACUCUUGCUGCUACACUUUUGCUAGGAUACUACGAAGUAAUGGGGGCCGAUCACUCCAAGUGGAAUAGUCAUGUCGCAGGGUCGGCUCAGCUGGUGCGCGAGAUUGACUUUGCUGGCAUGACCCGUAGCCUGCGUGCUCAGCGGCGCAGGGUGUGGCUUGAGCGACAUCAUAGGGGGUCCUCCAUUAUAUCCAUAGUGGAACCCUCAUAUUCAGUCAGUUAUGGUUCAGAAGAUGACCCUUUUGCAGAAAAGGAACAUGACAUCGACGAAGAUUUGAUAGGCAGCCUUAUUGGCCGGGCUGUCAGUUACGACGAGUUCGGACAGGUCGAUGAUGGUCAAGCCAGCUCUCGCCCCGAGAGACAUUUUACUAGGAAAGACAUUGAAAACUUUCGUAUCCAGUGCGACCUCUACUGGUGGUAUUUACAGCAGGAUGUCAUGCAGAGCAUUAUUAGUGGCGGUCCGUUAUUCAUUCCGUACUCUCAAUGGGGACAGUGUCCCCCACGCGCCGGAAUGGGUCGACUGGAUGCUAUAUACGGCUCAGCGGAUCAUCUGUGGCUCUUGUUAGGACGACUGGCAGAUUUUGGUGUUCGGGACAGAAAGCGGAAGCUGAGAGCAACAGAGGCUACGAGAUCACAGUGGCGACCUGAUUUCAGACUCGCUAGGUUCAUGGCUCGUUUCACAGGGAGGGCGCCGGAACAGCAAGCAAGACCGUCGGCCGGUGGCCCUGUGCAGCCUCCUUCCGGUGCGCCAGCGGCUGGUCCGCCGUUCCAUGGUAUGGCUCCUCCCCGCGGACCAAGACAUCCUCCACCAGCUUUUGUCGAAUUUCCUCACCAUGGCCAUUACGAUGAUGAAAGCGCCGGGAACGGUUCAUACGAAGAGGCUGAGGUUGAGUGGGAGAGUAUGUUGAUGGCACUCGACACAUUUGAAAGCGCUCUCGGUCCGUAUUUCAUGCCUCUGCCUCCCGACAGUGUGACCCCGAUAUCGUCUCCUUUCGGGCCUGCUCUGCAGUACCGGACACAUACUAUAGCUGUUCUGUGGGGCUAUUACCUCACCGGACGAAUUCUCUUACAUCGGUUACAUCCAUCAAUGCCUCCUGCCAUGAUGGUAUCUGCAAAGGUAGCGGCGCCGACUACGGCAGGAUACUCACAGGCUAUUGGAAGGAUCGCGGCUGGGAUUUACAAUUCGCAAGUAUCUCAUUUAGACGCCGGGAGUCUGAGCCCGACACUCGGAUCUUGUCUUAUCAAGAUGACCGUGCCGAUCUUCUUCGCAGCAAUCCAAUACACCGACCCCGCACAACGAGAUUGGGUCAUAACAAGGCUGCGCAGCCUCUCCAAAAAGAGUGGUUGGAAGACGUCCGAAUCUAUAGCCAACAGUUGUGAGAAUGCGUGGAGAGUCGCUGCGAAACAAGGCCGUGGACCUCCGUAUGAGCGGAAAGACACGACCGAGUACGAACGGGCAUCAACGUGGACACCACCCGUUCAAGAGACACCCUUGGGUAACCCCGGCGAAAGACGCUUUGUUACCAUCGCCAGACGCCCAUCAGAAGCCGGCUGGGCGAUGGGACUUCUAAGCCUGGAAGAUGACGUACUGAACCUCUCAAUCGAGGAUCGGGUAUGAUUACUUCGUAGUAGUUGCUGGCUGGCAAGGUUUCAUUCAAGAAUAGGCCAAUAGAUUGCAGGCCUGAAUUACAAGUCAGUAGAAACGUUGUCAGU